AUCUAAUAAAGGCCAUACGUGCCUGUAAGACCGCUGCUGAUGAGCGAGCCGUAAUUCAAAAAGAGUCCGCUGCAAUUCGUACCAGUUUUCGUGAAGAUAGUAAUGACAGCAGAUACGCCAAUGUAGCCAAAUUGUUGUAUAUCCAUAUGUUGAGCUAUCCAGCUCAUUUUGGUCAAAUUGAAUGUUUGAAGCUCGUUGCUUCCAAUCGAUUUGCGGAUAAAAGGCUAGGAUACUUGGGCAUUAUGCUUCUACUCGAUGAAAACCAGGAAGUAUUGACGUUGGUUACGAAUUCAUUGAAAAAUGACAUGAAUCACUCGAAUAUGUACGUAGUGGGGCUUGCAUUAUGUACGCUUGGAAAUAUUUCAUCACCAGAGAUGGCCCGUGAUCUAUGUGCAGAAGUGGAAAAGCUACUCGGUAGUUCGAACACUUACAUACGGAAGAAGGCAGCAUUAUGCGCCAUGCGAAUAGUUCGCAAAGUGCCCGAACUUCAGGAAAACUUUCUUUCUAGAGCCAAGGGGCUUUUGAGCGAUAGGAAUCACGGCGUUCUGCUUGCUGGAGUUACGCUCAUUACUGAACUAUGCAGUCACAAUAUUGAGGCUUUGCAGACAUUCAGAAAAGCUGUUCCUUUACUGGUUAAACAUCUGAAGAGUCUGGUAUCGGCCGGAUAUGCGCCCGAACAUGAUGUGACUGGGAUUACGGAUCCAUUUUUACAAGUUAAAAUUUUGAGGCUUUUACGAAUACUUGGCAAAGGUGAUGUUGAAGCGAGCGAAACUAUGAAUGACAUACUUGCGCAGGUUGCAACCAGUACUGAAUCAUCCAAGAAUGUGGGCAAUGCAAUAUUAUAUGAAACUGUGCUAACAAUUAUGGAAAUUCAAUCUGAAAGCGGUUUACGCGUACUGGCAAUCAACAUUCUCGGCAAAUUUUUGACUAAUCGUGAUAACAAUAUAAGAUACGUAGCAUUGACAACUCUCAACAAAACGGUAACAAUCAACAUGAACGCCGUCCAACGACAUCGUAAUAUAAUCCUAGACUGCUUACGUGACGGCGACAUUUCCAUACGUCGUCGUGCAUUGGAGCUGUCAUUUGCACUAAUUAACGAAUCAAAUGUGAGAGUAUUAACCAGGGAGUUGUUGGCCUUUCUGGAGAUUGCAGAUAAUGAAUUCAAACAGGGAAUGACUACAAAAAUCUGUAUAGCGGCCGAAAGGUUUGCGCCUAACAAGCGAUGGCACAUUGAUACUGUUCUAAGGGUAUUGAAGCUGGCUGGAAAUUAUGUCCGCGAAGAGAUUUUAUCAAAUUUCAUUCGACUGAUUGCACAAGCAACAGAGUUAAAUGCAUACACGGUUCAAAAGUUGUAUGCAGCAUUGAGAGAGGAUAUCUCACAGGAAUCUCUGACCUUGGCUGGCUUAUGGGCAAUUGGCGAGUACGGUGAUAUACUCAUAAGUGGUGGUAGUUUCGAAGAGGAAGAACUAGUGAAAGAGGUUACCGAAAAUGAAGUAGCCGAAUUAAUAGAAACCAUCUUAGCCGGACCGUAUGCCAAUCAAGUGAUACGCGAGUAUGCGUUGACAGCCCUUAUGAAGCUUACUGCUCGUUUAGCUGACCCUAACGUUAUCCGACGUAUCCGAGCAAUUAUUGAACAAUACAAUGCAAGUAUUGAAGUUGAAAUACAGCAGAGGGCAGUAGAGUAUGAGAACUUGUUCCAAUUUGAGGCAAUAAGACAAUCUGUAUUGGAUAGAAUGCCGAUACCUGAGGUUAAGGAAGAAACUAAUAGGCCAACGUACGAUGAGGAUUCUACGAUUAAACCAAGAUCAAAGACGCGCGAUUUACUUGAUUUAGACAGCGACGAACCUAUUGCGUCUAAAUCAGGUCAACGGAGCAUUGUCGACACAGGAAAGAAAGAAAUCGACUUGUUAGCUGAUAUUUUUGGCGAGACCUCCAUUAAUACUUCAGCACCUGUCCGUACCACAACCGCUGCUACAGCAAGCUCUAAUGCCAAAGAUGAUAUUAUGAAUUUAUUUAACACAGUACAACCCACAAUCCCAACAACUUCAGCUCCUUUGGAUAAUUUAGGAUUGGACAGCCUUGGAUUAGGAGGACUAAAUACUAGUGGCGGCGGCGGGCAACCGUUCGUACCGGCACAGCCAUUCACAACAAUGCAGGCUGAUAUCUUGCAAGCAACCCCUGUGCAACAAAUGCUAGUUCCAACCGACAUUAAUAAUUUGUUCCCCAUUAAUCAGGCUGUUGCUCAGCCAGGCAUCUACGUUGCAUUCGAUAAAGAUGGGCUCAAUAUGUCCUUACAACCGGCUAGAGAUACCAAUAACCCAAAUAUUCUUAAUAUUAAUGUUAUAUUUAAAAAUACCGGUGUUGGGGCUGUUGUUGAGAACCUACUGUUAAAAGUUGCAAUUCCAAAGACUCAAAAACUACAAAUGGAGGCGCCCUCUUCGACAACAAUUGCUCCCGGUGGAACAGCGACACAACUUGUUCGCAUCGCUAAUCCGCAAAAGACCAAUGUCAGACUUCGAUUAAGGUUAUCUUACGAGACUGCGACGGGUGUCAAAGUAGAUGAGAUGAUGGAAUUUAGUGAAUUCCCUCAAGAACUGUGGUAA